AUGAUGCUCUUCGGUUUGCUCCUGCUCAUCGCCAUGCAUCUUCCCGGCGCUCAUGCUCAAGAGGGCUGCCCGGAAGGCUACGGUCGACCUCUCGCCUGUUUCGUCGUCCGAGAUCCGGAGCAGCGGUCGAUCGCGGAUAAUGCCCUCUGCCACUGCCCUGUGGCCCCCGAUGCCGUCUGCGACAACCAUUCGUUCAUCAAGACUGCGAACGAACUGGCAUUGGCGUCGAUGAAGCUGCAUUUUGGAUGUUACGAAGGGACAUGGUGCGAGGAGCAGAAUGCCUUUCCGAGUGAAAUCUUGGCCAAUGCCUCGCUGGCCCGCAUCUGCUACCCGCGUCCGUUGAAGACCUACAUCCUCGGCAAGGGCAGAUACAAGCCGUGGUGCACCGAUCCUCACGGCAAUCAGUUCGAGCCGAAGAAUGUGGCGAGUUGGGGAUGUAUGGUACUGCCGUUCUGCAAACUGGACCAACCGGGAGAAUUCGAUGAACAAAAAUACCUGAGACCUGUAGCUGAAAACGGAGAUCUGCUGAACUGCAUGGAUAUUUGCCCAAGAAACGAGAAUGGCCGUGGAUUGACGGACAAACCGGAUUGUCGACCCAUCCCUAGCAAUCCGGAAAACGACUAUUUCGGUGUCCUCAGCAUUACGGAAAAGAUGGAUUGGUGUGACGCGGAGAAGUCGACUCACAAAGACCCGUGGUCACUCAACCCACCGUGCAAUCCGAUUCCGCAGUGUCGAGGAAAUGUCGAAGGACGUGCUCCGGAUGCGAGGGAUUGGCGCAAGAAUCUGCUCUACUACCAGAAAAAUGUCGACGGGGUCCCAUGCGUCGUCUACAAGCAGUGCAGUGCUUUGACGGAAGAGGAGAGGGCAAAGUACCAUUGCGUCGGCUCGACCAUGACAACGAGCACGACAAAAGCCUCGACGAGGACAACGGCAAAGACGACUGCAAAGACAACGACCGAGAAACCGAAUGACGGGCUGGGGGAUGAGGUCAUUUUGAUUGCAGCCUUGGGUGGCGGCCUCUGCGUGUUCAUCAUCGUGAUCAUCAUCGUGUUGUGCUGCUGUCUGAAGAAGAAGGACAAGGGCCCGAAGGGAAAGAAGCCGAUCGUCGAUGACAUGAUGAACGUCGGCGCUGGCUCGGCGGUCGUCGACCUCGACGUGGCGCCGAUCAGCAACACCGAGGAGGGAGCAACGGAUGCUAGCGAAAGCACUGGCGCAAAGUGUAAUUGCUCUGCGAUAUUU